AACUCUGAAGUUACACGCCGGUAUUCCGCACAAAUGUCUCCUGCAACGUGUAUUUCCAUUUGUCAUCGCAUCCACGAGUCUUGUAAAAACAGACGGAUGUAUUUUUGUUGUUAAAACAUUAAACAGAAGUACUGACGCACGUCUAGUAUUUGAGAGAGGGUUCUAGUUUCUGUCUUCACAACAUAUAACAUAUUCCAGGAAUAUUACAGCUUCCAGAGAAAAGAAACCAUGUGCGGUAUCUGGGCCCUGUUCGGCAGUGAUGACUGCCUCUCCGUGCAGUGCACCAAUGCAAUGAAGAUAGCCCACAGAGGCCCCGACGCCUUUCGCUUUGAGAACGUCAAUGGCUACACCAACUGCUGCUUCGGCUUCCACCGUUUGGCGAUUGUGGAUCAGCUGCAUGGGAUGCAGCCUCUGCGCAUCAAAAAGUUUCCGUUCCUGUGGUUAUGCUACAAUGGAGAGAUAUAUAACCAUCACCUGCUGAAGGAACAGUUUGGGUUUGAGUUCCAGACUAUGGUGGAUGGUGAGGUCUUGCUCCAUCUCUAUGACCGCUUUGGUAUCUCGAAAAUGGCUUCACUACUGGAUGGUGUGUUUGCUUUUGUCCUUUUGGACUCUGCGAACAGGAAAGUCAUUCUGGGUCGUGAUACUUAUGGUGUUCGACCUUUAUUUAAAUUCCUUGCAGACGAUGGCUUUCUUGCUGUCUGUUCAGAGGCCAAAGGACUUACAGAAGUCUCUCAUACUAUGAGCAUGCCUGUCAACAUCACCGCUUUCCUCCCAGGCCACUUUGAGGUGUUUGAUUUGAAGCAAAAUGGCAAAGUGCGAUCUAUUCAAAUGGAUCAGUUUCACUGUUGCACAAAAGAACCAGCUCAUGCAAUCUACGACACCGUGGGAGCGCUGGCGAAUGGUUUUGAAGAGGAGACAGUGAAAGGAAACAUCAGAAUCCUAUUUGAGAAUGCUGUAAGGAAACGACUCAUGGCCAAUAGAAGAAUUGGAUGUCUGCUCUCAGGUGGUCUGGACUCUAGUCUGGUUGCUGCUACCUUGGUGAAGCUGUCAAAAGAAUGGAAACUGCCUUAUCCCAUCCAGACCUUCUCCAUUGGGUCAAAGGAUAGCCCUGAUAUCCUAGCUGCUCGAAAGGUUGCAGCUCACAUUGGCAGUGAACAUCAUGAAGUUUUCUUCUCAGUAGAAGAUGGUCUAAAGUCAGUGGAGAAGGUCAUCUUUCAUUUAGAGACCUAUGACAUCACCACCAUACGUGCCUCUGUAGGGAUGUACCUGGUAUCGAAGUACAUCCGUGAGAAGACAGACAGCGUGGUUAUUUUCUCUGGAGAAGGAUCUGAUGAAUUGACUCAGGGAUAUAUUUAUUUCCACAAGGCUCCAAGUCCAAAAGAAGGGGCUGAAGAAAGUAUUCGUCUGUUGAAUGAACUCUACCUUUUUGAUGUUCUCAGAGCAGAUCGAACCACCGCAGCACAUGGGCUAGAACUCCGGGUGCCUUUCCUAGAUCACAGACUGACGGCGUACUAUCUUUCACUGCCAGAUGAAAUGAAGAUCCCCAAGCAUGGAGUUGAGAAACAUCUCCUGAGGGACGCAUUCAAAGGUCUAGAUCUGAUCCCUGAUGAAAUCCUGUGGAGGCGUAAAGAGGCCUUCAGUGAUGGAAUGAUGUCUGUUAAGAAGUCCUGGUACACCCACCUCCAAGAGCACCUUGAAACGUUGGUGAAUGAUGAGGAGUUAGCAAAUGCUAAGAAUGCUUUUCCACACAACAGUCCUCACACAAAAGAAGCCUACUACUUCCGACAAGUGUUUGAUAAGUUGUUCCCGGACCGUGGCCAGUGGCUCUCCCACUACUGGAUGCCCCGGUGGACUGAUGCCACUGACCCAUCUGCUCGCACUCUGUCCAUCUACACACCUGACAAAGACUAGUGGUGCCAAGUUUGAGCAGUUGUAAUUGUUGCUCUUCAAAUGUGCUACACAGGAUUAGAUUUUAAAUAUGCCUGUACUUCCACUAAAAUCAAAGCCCCUCUAUUUCUUUGAUUGAGAUGGUAUCGCUACUGCUUUUUUAACUUCAGAGCUAGUGCAAUGAUUGUCUAACCUCUUUUAAAAUCACUGCAUAGUUGAAUAAACUAACUAUAACUUAGACUAUUAUGCAUUUAAUUGUACUAUUUGUAUUUGGCUGGUUGGUUGAGGGGCUUCACCUUGUGUUGACAUCUAGUGAUAUUAAAGUAAAAAAAUAAUUAUAUUAAUAAAAUAUAAAAUUGGAGUGUAUUCAUUUGAAUUUUGA